CAGCCAGUAUUGCAGCGAGUUUAUCAGACAGAAUCCCCAAUAAUGAUCCGCUCGAUAUAGAUAAUAAUAACGCGAGAGUUUGCAAGUUGCCUCAAGACUGUAGUUGCAACUGUCAAAGGUGGAGUGGAUACGCGCAUGACCCAACACACAUUACUGUAAUACUGUACACAGCCGCCGAGAUAUUAUCCGUAUAAAAAAGCGAAAUAAUCCUGAGGUAAGGAACCGAGGAGUGUAUCAAAACCGGGCGAGAUUUGACGUUUCUGCUGAUUUCCUUCGCUGCGUUUUCUUUUACUCUAACCAACUGUCUCGCAGACGUCGACAUUACUGCACUAAACAUAUUUUUGUGCCUCCCUUUAGCUCCAGCCAGCGCAAGGAUUUUUUUUACUCCUCCUUCGCAAUAAAGUCGCCAUUUUGCUUCACUGCCUAUAUAAACCAUCCCGUAUUCUAAUAUUUUCCCUCAAGGAGUCGAGGACCUACCUAUAUUUCCUGGCUAUAUCUAAUAUUUGUGGAGUGUUUAACGAGAAGACGGAGGUUGAAGAAGUGCCUCGUGGUAUACAUAUUAAUGCGGGAAAGGAGGGGGGCAACGCAAUUGCAAACUGGGAAUAAGGUGAAAGUGUCCAGGAUUUCUUUUCAUGCACAGACGAAAUUGUCAUUUUGCUUCUACUGCGCGGCUCCUUUUUGCUUCCACCUCGUCGUCGUCUGAGUCGAGAGACAGGACGACCGUGACGACUGUCCACUUCUCAGGGCCCCCAGCUCCUGUCUGAUCGGUCCUUGACGCACAGCAGGUGUGAUUGCCAUGUAACAUAACAUUGGUGGAAAACCGCCCACUUAGGUGCCUGUCUCCUGACCCCCUCCCCCCUCACGUGGGUGACCCGGGGCCACCCGGCCCCUAGUGCUGGGUGACUGCCCGACAGUCCAGGCAUGGAGAGCCCAAGUGGCCCCAGGUUUGCGAAACUGUCCUCAUCAGGGCUGCCAAGGAGCCGGAACCCCAAGCACGGACGUCCCCAUGAGCUUGUUCGAACUACACCAGUCCCUGAAAACAACAACAAACAUAGUGUGGUGUGUGAUGAGCCAGCAGAGGGGAAGAGGAAAGGUCGUCCUAAAGCAGAAGUGCAGGAACUGAGAAGCAUCCCUGCCCAUAUGAUAGUACAAUGGAAGGAAGAGUUUAAGCGUCGCUCCAGGGUUAAGUGUCCGUGUUCAGGCUGCUGGUUAGAGUUUCCCAGCAUCUAUGGCGUCAAGUACCACUAUCAACGCUGCCAGGGGGCCACGGUAACAGAGAAACUGAGUCAUGGCUGUCCCUACUGUGAGGCAGUAUUCGCCACAAAGGUCCGCCUGCAGAAGCACAAGCUGUGGAACCACCCAGACAGGGUUAGUAUGGAGCCCAAGGACCAGCAGCCUAAACUUCAAAAGUCUCCUGUCAAGUCCAACACCAAGAAAAGGCCCAUGGAGAACAGUCCCCCCUCUCCGGUGUUCUUCAAAGUGAAAAAGACCCACGAGGUGUCCAUGCCCUCUCAGAACGGGGAGCUGGCCCACCAGAAGAGUGACAGGAGACCACACAGCCACAGUCAGCAUUCACAGCAGCUUCACCAGUCUCAGUCAAUCCAGCCUCAGUCUCAGCAGGCGCAGUCACAGAGCACAUCAUCUGAUGCGGGGGGCAGUGAAAGUGAGGGGGGCAGCCUUCCUCCUUCUUUCCCUGAUGAAGAUCCAGAGCGAAUGAGGCACAGACGGAAACAGAAAACCCCUAAGAAAUUCACUGGCGAGCAGCCUUCUAUAUCUGGAACAUUUGGUUUGAAAGGUAUGUCUAAAGUGGAGGAGAAACUGAAAGCAGGUCGGGCGAAGAGACCAGAGGGAAGUGGGUUCAGUGACGAGCCCCAGAAAAGGCCUACUCCAAGCCAGUCCUCCAAGAGGGACACAGCCACGACCAGCUUGGGUGCUGUUCCUGAUGCCCAAUGGCAACGUGCAAUCUCAGAGCGAGGUGAAGUGGUGUGUCCCACCUGCUCCAUCGUCACCAGGAAAACAAUCCACGGCCUCAAGAAGCACAUGGAGAUUUGCCAGAAGCUCCAGGAUGCCCUGAAGUGCCAGCAGUGCCACAAACAGUUCAGGUCAAAGGCUGGCCUCAACUACCACACCAUGGCUGAACACACCACCAAGCCUUCAGGGAGCGAAGGCCAGACAGGUGAUGAGCAUGAGGAGAGAGAAAGGCUGCGCCGAGUCCUCAAACAGAUGGGACGAAUCAAGUGUCCUAGUGAGGGCUGCUCAGCCCACUUCUCCAGUCUGAUGGGCUACCAGUAUCACCAGAAACGUUGUGGAGGACAGUUUGCUGAUGGUGACAAGCCCGUGUUUCUAUGCCAGCACUGUGGAAAAACCUACCACUCCCUGGCUGGCAAAGACUACCAUGUGCUUACCGAACAUUCUCCAGCUUCCACCACCACCAUGACAUCCACCACCCCAAACCACCACAAGGAUACUGACACCAACAACAAUGCCGGCAAAGAGAGGGUGGUCUCUGAGGAUUCGUCAUCAGGAGCCAAGAAAGAGCAAAACCACCCUGAGAAGGACUGGCAGGAGAAAGUAACAUGUGGCCAUCCUAAGGAGAAGGAGAAGGAGAAGGAAGCCAGGGAGAAGGACAUGGAAAAAUUAAAGGAAAAGGAGCAAGACAAAGAUAAAGCAGCACAGAAUGAGAGCCCUGGGGAGGACUUUGAACGAACCCCCAGUGGCAGAGUGAGGCGCCGCUCAGCUCAGGUGGCAGUGUUCCACCUGCAGGAAAUAGCAGAGGAUGAGCUGGCCAAAGACUGGGGCACUAAGCGCCGCAUCAAGGAUGACUUGGUGCCUGACAGCAAGAGGUUAAACUACACUCGUCCUGGCCUCCCCAGCUUCAGCCCAGAGCUUCUAGAGACUUGGAAGAACCAAGUCAAGGAGAAGGGCUUCAUCUGCUGCACCAAUGAAAAUUGUGAAGCUGUCUAUUCCAGUGUGUCAGGACUAAAAGCCCACCUCGCCAACUGCAGCCAGGGUGGUGGAGAAAUGGGGAAGUACACCUGUCUGAUCUGUCAGAAGGAGUUUAGCUCAGAGAGUGGUGUCAAGUACCACAUCAGCAAGACUCAUUCACAGAACUGGUUUCGUGCAGCAGCCAGUCAAGUGGUCGCAAGUAGCAAGAGUAAAGCACCAGAGAACAAUGGGCUCAAAGCUGAGGUGAGAAAUGGUGCCACCACUGGUAAGAAGAGAGGGCGCAAGCCUAAAGAGCGCCCUUCUGUGGCUGUGCCUCUUCAAACAAAAACUGAAGCAACUGUCACAACUCACAACUCAACCCCUGCUGUGACUCCCUCCUUGGGCCCAACACAGUCUCCCACCCUGAUUCCCGACCCAACAGACAGUGCAAAGUCAGGCCAAAACAGACAGCCUAUUCCCUCCAGCGUCAGACGAAGCAAACCCAAGAGGUUGUCACUGUCGGAGUAGCUCUGCUUUUGUCGACCCAGGCGCCAGAGAGGAUGCUUACUGUACAUCUUAUGCCAAGAAGACCAUUCUAACUCCUCCAGGACUUGGCAGAGAGAAGAAAGUUAAAUCAACCAUUUAGAAGUAAAACAUUUAGUACAGGCUUCAGAUGUUGGUUUUGAAACCCCACAUUUAAUGUGUCUACUGUUCUAAACAAUACUCAUGCACCAGUAAUGUUUUAUUUGUCCAUUCCACUUUUGUCUCAUUUUUAAGGUGCACCUUUCAGCUUCUGUGUUCACAGCAGAGGUGUCAGUAGGAAUCAAAGAUAAAAUUCUGACUUCUACAUGGAUAGCAUUUUGCAAACAGUUGUAGUAUUUCAAAGAGUAACUCUCUCUAUGAGAUUCAUGUUGUGUUUGAGAGGUUUUAAAAAGGAUAUUCUAUUAGCAUGGUGAAAUCAUUUAAAGAUAGCUAGUGUUUUCACAUUUUUCAUAGAUACUGUACUGUGUACAUAUACAAUAGCUACAUCUAUAUAUCUAUAUACUCAAAGCAAUGAUACCAUUUGUCAUUUCCAAGCCUGAAACAUCCAAGCGGAUCAGGAGCAAUCAGAAUUUUCACAUUGUGUGCUUAGUGCAAUGUUGUUUUGAACUUGAUUUCUUUUAGAUUUCUUUAUGGUUUUGCUUUUACUGAUUUUACAUUUCAUGUUUUAAGUAAGCAAAUGUUGUAUAAGCUAAAAUGAUGGUCAGUUGUUAAACAUCUUCCACUCUAUUUUUCCUACAACUAUGUGGCUGUCACUUCAGUGACCUAUCUUUUUAUUUCAUUUGCAUCACAUGACAGUGAAAGGUAACUGGUUUGACAGCUGUAAUUAGGUGUCAAAAGAUUUCCAUAGGUCUUUUACACUGAGGUUAAUAAGCAGAAUACCCUGAAAAGUGAUUGAGAUUUCCAUCUGUAAGGCAUAAGUUAGUUACAAUAAUACUUAAUAUAGCAUUGUUUAAUUGAUUUUAAACAAAACAGAAAAACUUGAAGCAUUCUGUCUAAAAUAAGACUCAAAGUGGUGGACAGAAGGAUCAAUUUUGUGUGAAGCUUGUUGCACCAUUGCAGCACAAUCAAAUGAUGUGAUACCAUAAUAUUAAAGGGGCCAUAUUUUGGCUACUGCUUGAAUCAAAGAGCAGAGGAGAGAAUAAAAAUGAUAUCUUUUAUAGAGAGGUUGAGGGGGAAAACUUAUAUUAAACAGAAAAUUUGCAAAUGAAGAUUCACAUAUUAUAAUGUACGUAUAUGACUCAAUUCCUGAACGCUCAAAGCGAUUGCCUUGCACUUUAAUCCUUAGCCCUUCCUUCUCCCCUCUUGUAUUUUGCACUCCAGGAGUAUCCAGCCACCUUAAGUGGCUGUCAGGCACAGGAGGGGGAAAAUCUUACUCUGAUGAAAACUAAAGAAGAGAAAAACUAAAUCUGUUCAACAUGGGUAAUGAGCAGCAUGAUUAACUCUUUCUAGAUAGCAUCUGUAAUCCAACAAGGCCAUAUAAUUAUGACUCACCACACAAAGCCAUAACUGGCCUGUUGAAUGUUAAGGCUGCUCUUUCACUCACUGCUAGUUAAGCUUCAGAUAAAAAAUAAAAAAAACAUUUCAAAUCUAAAAUGUGUGCAAUCAGAGAAUAUAUUCACUUUAACACAUUUAAAGUAAAUACUUGAAUCCACAGUUUUAUUUACAAUUUGAGCAGAUGAAAACUCCAUAAAUAUUUGAUUUAUAUUUGCAGGCUAUGUCCAUAAAAUUAAAUGACUUGCUUACUUACAAAAAAGAUCAUAAAUCUAUUUUAUAUUCUUGUGUAUGUGUGUGUAUGUUACCUAGAUAGCAAUCUUAUAGCUUUGAAUAAAGUUGCGAUAUGAGGUUAUUCUGAUGAGAUAAUAAGGGUGCUUUACUUGCCAUUCUACCUUAAGGACCUGAUACAACUCAUUUAAGUCCACCAAUCCACCCUGCCGUUUUCUACUUCUGACAAGUCCUCUAAAUUUUGCGUCGACAAAUGUCAAUGUCAUCAUAUAAAUAAAGCACUGAUGUCAGUGAAACAUGUCCAAGAAACACUGAAUUUGAAAUGUAAUGCGUCCCAGGUAGUAUCAUCCCUACGCUGUUACUUUUUAUAUCGCGAAGCAAAGACUUGAGUGGAACUCCACCAUUAUCAAUCAACCAAUGAGGUUCAGGUGGGGAUGCUUAUGCAUGCGUCUCUUUGUUAGUGGGAUGGACCUUCAUCUUCUAUUCAGGUUCAGCUGACCGAGAGGACAAAUAAGACAAGCACUGAGUGGGCCUCGGACCUUUUCAAUAGAGUUGUCCAGACCUGGUGUGUGUGUGUGUGUGUGUGUGUGUGUGUGUGUGUGUGUGUGUGUGUUUGUUAAACAGUUAGCACCUUUGUAAUGACUGGAUGUCAGAAAUUGUAACACUUUUUGCUGAGUGUUAUGUUGUGGCACAGAAUCAGUUCAUCAGCUGCUUGUUACUCGUUUUAUUGAUAACGCCACAUUGACCGUGUUUACCUGACAAGCUUUGGUGUUGCAAUAUGAUAGUUUAGCACUGCUUUUAACAGUGGGUAAUUUAUAUUUUAUCACACCCUUUACUAUCUGUCUUCCUAUGAUGUGGAAAACACAUAUCUAUCCCGCAGUGUGAGCUAACUGCAACAUGUAAAUGGUCUUAUACUUGUAUAGCGCCUUUCUAUGCUUUUACAGCACACUCAAAGCGCUUUCACAUUAUUCGGCCAUUCACCCAUUCGCACUCUAAACAUGUUUAGAGAGUACAGCAAUACACCAUAUUUAGCUGGUUUUGUUGGCUUGCUGAUACUUUGAUAUUGAUGUCUUCUCAAACUUGUACGGCUUUUUUCACUCCCCUACUUUUAUUUGCUUUGAAAAUGCUUUUUUUACAUAUUAUAAAAUCUAAAAAAAAAAAAAAGUUGAAAAAAAUUUGUAGACCACAAAGAACAUUGUAGGCCUGAGUGUCAACAUACAUUGUUAUUUUAUCCAUUUUGAUGAUGCACAUAAAUUGAAUUUUUUAGUAGAUGAUGACAAACACAUUGAGAGAGUCCUUUAUCUACUGAAUAUGGGACUAAAAGGCAUAUGUAUGUGUGUUCGUUUCUGUAUUUAGUGCACUUGCUAUACCAUGAAAUAGGCUUGAAAUAGGAGUGUUGUUGGAGCUUUCUAGUUACCUGGACUGUGUGUGGUGUGACUUUUGUACCUGGGACAACAGCAGGCUCAAGUGUCUUCCCUUUGUCAGCAAUGGUUUUCCCCUCAAAACCAAGGUUAAUCCUGAUAAAUCCCCGUAGCCUGAGAAUGUUACCCUUUUAUGAGGACAACAGUGGUUCAUUUUGUAAGCUACCUACUUUAAAAGCAGGAAAUGGCCUUCUCCUCUGUUGUCAGGGCCAUUGUGAAGAAACUGUUGAGUUUUAAGCGAUGAUGUUGUAGAUCAUAACUGGUUAUGUUAUACAGGUGAAAUGAAACUAAUGAUGUAUUAAAGAUUUCCAUAUCUGAAAUUAAGCUGUAUAGAACCUAACAUAAGAGGCAUAAACACCUCCUUUGAGUCUGAACUGUUACUUUUUUCUCCCAAACUUGUUGUAUUACCUGUGCAUUAGUAUCCCUAA